GGCCUCUUUGCAGCGUAUGCGAGGGGUGAAACAGGAGCCUGUCGGUUGUUUUGGACUCCCCCCACCACCCGGAUCCCACCAAUCUCCAAUCUUAUCAUCUUUUAUCAGAAUAUCUUCUCCCUUCUUUCUUCGCCUCCCACUGUUUCCGGCCCCUUCUUUAGAUGACUAGCGGGAAACGUCCUGCCUCUUGCCCUUCUGGUGUUGGACUUGCAUGUUUAGUCCCUCUCACUGCCCCCCACCCCCAUCUCCCUUCUGGUGUUGGAUUUGAUGAUGGUUGUAUAGAAAGUCAAGGGAGUAGAGUGGAUUAAUUCCAUGGAUUUCAGAAGGCAGGAUGAGGAGGAGGAGGAUAGCGACAACCCUCCUCCUCCUCCUCCUCCCGCUAUAAGAGAAUCAGCCUUGGGCAGGCCGAUGCUCUCCCCCUCCUCGUCCCUCCUCUCUCCCAGAGGACCAGGAGGAGGAGGAGGAGGAGGAGGGGCAAGAAACGAGACCGCCGGGUCUCUGAGUCCCAAUCCCACGGCCUCCACCCGUGCCAUGGAUUCAUCAGCAGGUGCAAUUCGGUACCGGGAGUGCCUCCGGAACCAUGCCGCCAGCCUUGGUGGUCAUGUCCUCGAUGGUUGCUGCGAAUUCAUGCCCAGCAGCGACGACGCCUUCAAGUGUGCCGCCUGCGGCUGCCACCGUAGCUUCCACCGCAUCGAUGGCGACUCUCAUCCCUCCCAUUCCAACCCCAGCUCUCUUUACCAUCUCCACGACGCCGCCCAUGGUAGAUCCCCCUUCUUGCUUCCACCAGUACUCCAUCCCCAUCCUCCUCCUCCUCCUCCUCCUCUUCCUCCUACCUCUCAUCGCCACCACCAAAAGCAAUUCAUCUCGCCGCCGCCGGCGAUCCUCGAACUUCGCAGCAGCAACAGUACUGCUGGCGGCGGCACGAUGACGGAGUCUUCGAGUGAGGAGCGCAAUGCGGGGGCCGGGCCACCGCAGCGGCCAAGCGUGGUGACCAAGAAGAGGGUUAGGACGAAGUUCACGACGGAGCAGAAGGAGAGGAUGCUGGAUUUUGCCGAGCGGGUGGGUUGGAGGAUCCAGAAGCAGGACGAAGCAUUGGUGCAGGACUUCUGCGCCGAGGUCGGGGUCAGUAGGCCGGUCCUCAAGGUCUGGAUGCACAAUAACAAGCACUCCUCCAUUAGGAAGCCACAGCAGCAAGACCAUCACGACAAGUGACAGGACUCUGAAGGUUUUAGAUGGCGGGGAUGGAAAGAGAGCGGGCUUUGUCAUCAAGAACUCUAGAGCGAGGAUCUUGGCGGUCGGGGACUGUCAGUUAUCUGAUACCUCAAUUCUUGAUGCGGAGUUGAGGGCCGCAUGAGCCAACAUCCGAUAUGCGCGACGUGUUCUGCAGACCAGCUCCAUUCUGAUGGAGGGAGACUCCGCCACAGUGAUUGGAUGGAUCUAGAAAGGCCCGACGAGGUGGGGUCAGACCACCCCUUGACUCGAGAUAUUUGGGAGAUGGGCAGUGAUGGGGUGGCCUUCUAGACCAAACAUGUGUAUAUAGAAAGGCAAACGAAGCCGCGGACUGGGUUGCUGCUUAUGCGGCCAACCACGCGGGAGGUAUGCUAUGGACGACUCAAGGAGAGUUGCUUAGGGCACUCCGGGACGUUUUGUUUUCUGAUUUUAUUGGAUAUAUUCGUACCUGUGUGAUA